GAUGGUAAUGAGAUAUGCAGACAAUGGCAGUUUAAGACAAUAUUUAAAUAAUAAUUUUAAAUUAAUGAAAUGGAAAGAUAAGUUAGAUAUCUUAGGAAGGAUUGCAAGUGGACUUCUUAAUAUUCAUGAAAAGGGAUUAAUUCAUCGUGAUUUUCAUUGUGGUAAUAUAUUGAUUGGUCAUAGUCUUAUUACUUUUAUUACUGAUUUAGGAUUGUGUCGACCAGCAAAUGUAAGUCCUUCUAAAGAUCAAGAAAUAUAUGGUGUAUUACCUUAUGUAGCACCUGAGGUUAUAAAAAGAAAAAAAUAUACUCAAGAAAGUGAUAUUUAUUCAUUUGGAAUUAUUGCAUAUGAAGUCUGUACAGGGAAUUAUCCUUAUCAUGAUAUGACUCGUGAUACAAACUUAGCUAUUAGCAUUUGCGGUGGGCAUAGGCCAGAAUCUAAUUAUAAAAUUCCCCAACUAAUUUUAAAUAUUAUCAAACAAUGUUGGGAUACAGAUCCUUUAAAACGGCCUAAAGCAAAAGAAAUAAAUGAUUUAUUGGAAGAUUAUUAUGGUAGUUAUGGUGUUGGUGAAUAUGAAAUCAACAAGCAAAUUGAAGAAGCAGAUAGAAAUAAUGAAAAUCUACCUCCUCCAUUAUUAAAUCCUGGUACGAAUCCUCAAGCAAGUAAACUUUUAGACUUUAAAAAUCUUCUAGAACAAAAAAAUGCUAUUGAUAGUGAGGAUGAUGAUAAAUCAUUUGAUUGUUCAGACUUCGUAGAACCAAUAGAUUUUACUAAACUUUAGAUGAAAACAAUUAAAAGAAAGAAAAGAAAAUAUACAAAUAUUCAGAAUAUAAAUUCCUUUAUUAGUACUAUCUAUUGUUUGCUAUUUAUUUUCUUUAUUAUUACUUACAUUAUACAUAAUUUAUUGGAAUAUUUCCUUUAUACUAUGAUAGAAACUUGAAUAAGUGUUGAUAAAAUUAUAUGGUAUAUAAUUAGAAUAAAUUGUAUAAAUGA